AUGGACACCCCGGAGAAGAUCUGGGCCGGCGGGGCCCCGCCCCCGGCGCCCAACGUCAGCGUGCCGCACCGCUGUCUGCUGCUGCUCUACGAGGACAUCGGCACCUCUAGGGUCCGGUACUGGGACCUCUUGCUGCUCGUCCCCAACGUGCUGUUCUUCAUCUUCCUGCUCUGGAAGCUUCCGUUUGCUCGGGCCAAGAUUCGAGUCACCUCCGGCCCCAUUUUUAUCACCUUCUAUAUCCUGGUGUUCGUGGUGGCGCUGGUGGGCAUCGCCCGGGCCGUGGUGUCCAUGACGGUCAGCGCCUCAGAUGCUGCGACUGUCGCUGAUAAGAUCCUGUGGGAGAUUACCCGCUUCUUCCUGCUGGCCAUCGAGCUGAGCGUGGUCAUCCUGGGCCUCGCCUUUGGUCACCUGGAGAGCAAGUCGAGCAUCAAGCGGGUGCUGGCCAUCACCACGGUGCUGGCCCUGGCCUACUCUGUCACCCAGGGCACACUGGAGAUCCUGUACCCGGACGCCCACCUCUCGGCUGAGGACUUCAACAUCUACGGGCACGGGGGCCGCCAGUUCUGGCUGGUCAGCUCCUGCUGCUUCUUCCUGGUCUACUCUCUGGUGGUCGUGCUCCCCAAGACCCCACUGAAGGAGCGCAUCUCCCUGCCCUCACGGAGGAGCUUCUACGUGUAUGCGGGCAUCCUGGCGCUGCUCAACCUGCUGCAGGGGCUGGGGAGCGCGCUGCUGUGCGCAGACGUCAUCGAGGGGCUCUGGCUGCGGGCGCCCCUGCGUGGCCGCCGUCGGGAUCACGCCUUCUGCCUCUCGGGCGUGCGCAGCCGCCACUGCAGCAUCCCAGCCUCCGGCUCGGAGCCCAAGAUCCUCUUCUCGUACAAAUGCCAAGUGGACGAGACCGAGGAACCGGACAUGCACCUGCCCCAGCCCUGUGCGGUGGCCCGGCGGGAGGGCCUAGAGGCAGCGGUGGCCGCCAGCACGCAGUUCGACUCAGCCGGAGGGAUGGCCUACCUGGACGACGUGGCUUCCAUGCCGUGCCACGCCGGCAGCAUCAACAGCACGGACAGUGAGCGCUGGAAGGCCAUCAACGCCUAG